CACCUUGUUCUGAUACACGAACAAAGGAUCAUUCACUUAAACUGUGAUCUUGAAGUUUGUACUUUGUCCUUUGUAUUUUUAUUUUUAUAUUUCUCUUAUCUCAUCUCUUUAACGUCACGCCUCUCUGAAGGAGAAUCAACGAUCUCAGGUUUUUCUCAACAAACAGCAGCAUCUCUGUUCAUUCGGAGCGAUGACCUCUGAAGGCAGCGGGAUGAUGGAGGUGGCGGCGCUCGGACGGCCUUUCGGUCUUGGGAUGUUGUACGACUGCCGCAACGACUCUCUCGUCCCUGGAAUCACUUUGUGGGACCGUGAUGACCUUAAAAAAGAUAUUGGAGAACGACCACAGAACUAUAAUGAUUGUGAUAUAGUUGCAUCUGAAUCAAUUGAGGACAAAUCUUCAGCACUAAAUGUUAAAGCAUCGCUGAAGGCUAGUUUCUUGAGUGGACUGGUAGAGGUUGGAGGAUCAGCCAAAUACCUGAACGAUACUAAGACUUCCAAAAAUCAUAUCAGAGUAACACUGAAUUACCAAGCUACCACAAACGUCCAAGAACUGUCCAUGAAUCAUCUUGGAAGAGGCAAUGUUAAGCAUCGAGAUGUCUUUGAUCAAGAAAUAGCAACACAUGUAGUUACAGGUAUCCUUUAUGGGGCACAAGCCUUCUUUGUCUUUGACCGUGAGGUGUCUGUCAACGAGAACCAUCAAGACAUUCAGGGACACUUGAAUGUGAUGAUCAAGAACAUUCCCUGCCUUUCAAUAGAGGGCAAAGGCUCGCUGAAAAUGGAAGAAAAGGACAAAGCAAAGGUUGAUAAACUCUCCUGCAGAUUCUUUGGAGACUUUUUGGUCCAGAAACCUCCAACAUCCUUUCAGGAGGCAGUAGAGGUGUACCAAAGUCUGCCAAAGCUGCUGGGAGACAACGGGGAAAACGCAGUACCAGUGAAGGUCUGGCUGUUGCCUCUGACAUUUUUAGAUUCUACUGCUGCUAAACUUGUCCGUCAGAUAAGUAUAGGAUUAGUUGAAGAAUCUCAGAGUGUCCUGGAGGACUUCAGUGACCUGGAAAUGAGGUUCAAUGAUGCACUGAGAACCCAAACUGCAUAGCAGUUCCCACAGAUUGGAAACAAACUCAAAACCUUUAAACAGAAGUGCUCUGAGUUCAAACUGGAAUUCCAACAAACCCUGGCAAAGAAACUUCCAUCAAUCCGAGGAGGAGGAGAAGAAGAAGC